AUGGAAGAUAGAAGAGAAUCAUCAAUGGAAGUCGAAGAAGUUCAGGAAAGGGGAAAAGUUAUAUCUCUGGAAAAACUGCGCGAAGUGAUAAGGGGAGUUGAGGAAGAUGAAUGGCUCCAUCAAAAAGAUGGGCACAAACAAAUGCAGUCGGAAGGAAGACGCUUGCCACAGUUACUGGAGCUCACUGUAAGUGAGACGCCCGCUUCUUUUGCGGGAGGAGGAGGAGGAGAAGGAGGAGGAGGAGGAGGAGGAGGAGGAGGAGGAGGAGGAGGAGGAGGAAGAGAUUCAGGGAAGGGGAGGAGUAGGAGGAGACUCAGGGUGGAGGAGGAAUAG